AUGUCAACAGAAUUGGAUGGCUUGAAGUCAGAAGUUAAUGAGUAAAAGAAUUUUAUCAUUCUUAGUUUAAAAGAAAUGGUUGAGAUGCUUGAAAGUGACAAUUAAAGUAAGGAUGACGAAAUAAAGCUGAUUAAAGCAAAUCUCCAAAAAAAAGAUUAAGAAAUUGCAUCUCUUAAAAUUAAACUAUAAGGCAUGGAUUCCAAUAAUAGUCAAUUGGAUCAUAAUUAAAAUCAAAUAGAACAAUUUUAAAGUUAGAUAGCAGUGCUUUAAUAAUAAAUAUCUGAACUAAAGUAAAAAUAUAGAAUAAAUUAGAAAUCAAAUAGAUGACAAGAAUUUGGAAAUUGAAGUGUUAAAGCAUGAUCAUUAAGAAGAAUUGAACAAUUUAAUUACUUAGAAGUAAGAAAUACCUGAUAAUAACCAAACUGAUGGGGAAAUUGAAAAAUUAUAAAACAUUAUCUCUUAGCUUUAACAAGAUAAAAGUGAAUUAACAAUUUAGUAUUUUUGAUUAAUAUCAAGGUAUAAUUAAGAAAUAGAUAAGCUGAAAAAAGAGUUAGAGCACUCCUAAAUAUAAAAUUAAGAGCUAUUAUUAAAUUCUUAAGUAUUUUAAUUUUAAUUGUUAUGUAGAAAAUUGAGUCCAAAAACAAUGAAACCAAUGAAGAUUUAAUUUAGAAACAACAAAUUGAAGUAAAAAAUUAAAAUUAAUAAGAUCUAAUAAUUACGAUUAAGUGUUGAAUAGUUGUCUAUUCAGUUGCAAAGUCAUGAAUAAGAAAAGCUUAAAUUAGAAACAGAAAGUAAUGAAUUAAAAUUGAAUCAACAAAACUAGGUUGAAAAUAUUGGAACUCUUCUGAAUCCAAUGGAAUCACCUAGAAGCGAAUAGCACACAUAAAAUAAUGAAGAAAUUGAACAAAUGUAGAAUAUGAUUUUAGAUUUAUAAUAAGAGGAUGAGACAAAUAAAAAAAAGAUUGAAAAGUUGAAUGAUGAAGUUAAAUAAUUAAAAUAGUAAUUACAAUAAUUAAACCAACUAAAUUAGGAAUUGUAAUUAGAUAUUGAAUAGAAAAAUAUUGAAAUUAACGAGGAAUAAGCAAAAGUAUCUUCACUCGAAGAGGAAUUAGUUACUUAUGAAUAAAAAUUUACAGAUGUUGUUUAAAAUAAGUAGAAAUUAUCUACUGAGUAUCAAUUAGCUUAAUAAACUCUAUAAUAAUUUGAUCUGUUGUAGCAAGAUAAUGUUCAGCUUUAGUUAUUACUUAAUUCAAAGACUGAAGAAUUAGAAGAGUUCAAACAGCAUAAUAAAUUUGAGACUCAAUAUUUAGAGUUAAAAGAGGAUUUUGAGUAGUUUAAAGAAUAUGUUCAAGAAUAAUUGUUAUAAAAAGAUGAAGCUUUAGCAGAACAAAGUUAGUAAUUGGUUGAUUAUGAACUAUGCAAAGAAUAAUUAACUAUGCUUAGUCAACAAUGUUAAUUGUUAUAAGAACAAUUGAAUAAGUAAACCGAAAGUAAUGAAUAACUUUAAGAUCAAUAUCAAAGUAGUUUGCUACAAAUUCAACAGAUCAAUAAUAAUAAUCUAUAAUUUUAGGAUAUUUAAUCUUAGAAUUCAUUUUUAAAGUAAGAGAUUGAAGCUGUUAAAUCUGAUAACAUAUCAAAACAGGAGAUAAUUGCAGAUUUGGAAACAUAACUAAAAAUAUAAUAAUAGUUGGAAGAAGAAUCUCCAUUGAAAUUGUAGAAAUUAUAAUCAGAAUAUUCUGAAAAUCGAAGUGAAUAUCUCAAUCAUAAGGAAUAAUGCCAAAGAGAAAUUCAUUAAUAUAAAUAAGAAAAGGCAAUAUUUUAAUCUGAUAUACAAAAUAUGAAAGAUAUGAUUAAUGCCUUCGUGUCUUAAAAUUAAUAGUAUUAGCCUUAAGGAAAAGUUGCUGAGGAAUAUUAUGAAAAAUUAGUUGAUUUUGUAUCUGAUGAUAAAUCUGUUCAUUAACAGUAAGCAUAUAACUAUUUUCGUUUAUAGGGAAGAAUUGAUUCUAUUAAAACAACAAUUAGAAUUAUAUUAAAAUAAGGUUUUUGUUGAUGGACAAUGCUAAAUGAAACCUGAAGUAAAUGAUUAAGAAAGUAUUACAAACUAAAUUGAAAUAUUUGAUAAGAGUACACAGUCCGAAUAGGUGGACAGCAGCUUAUCUGGAUCUAUGUGGCUCAAUAAUGAUACAAACAAUUCAAAAGAUGAUUAAUAUCAAUAAAUGAAGUACUCUUAUAAUUAAUUCAUAUAGGAAAAAAAAUGAGGAUCUUGAUUAGUUGUUGAAAAACUAUGAAAAAGAAGUUUCGAGUUUGAAAUAAUAAAAUAAACUAUUGCAAAAGAAGAUAGACUCUAAUUAGAAAUCAAAUCCAUAGGAAAGAUUAGGAAAAAGAGUUAGUUUAUUUGAGUAAACUUAACCAAGAAAAUCAAAAUAAAUUCAGUAUUAGAAUUAUGAGUAUUAGUUUAAAUUUAUGUGAGUCAUAGUAGAUAGACGAUCAAUAAAGAGAAUAUCUAUUUAUGAAAGAGUUAAUUGAAAACUUAAAAAAAGACGUUAAGUAACGCUCAUAAUAAAAUGAUGAUCUUAUGAAUGAGAUUAAGUAAAUAUAGGAAAGACAUUAAGAGGAAUAAAAUCGAUUAGAAGAAUAGCUUCAAUCUUAAAUUCUAAUAAAUCAAACAAGAAAUAAGAGUGUUGACAAUAAUUAAACAAUCAUUUCUCAAGUCAAUACUACUAUGAUUUAAUUAAAUUAGAUUGAAAUGUUUCUAGUUGUAAAAUCCUAAAAGAACUUUUAGUUUCCCUAUAUAGAAUUUAAUAGAAAGUAUUGAAUUUAUAGAUAUAAUAAAAGAUAGAUUAAAUUUUAUUCUUAAGGGAAAACUAGAAUUGAAAAGUAAAUUUAUGAAACCUUCACAUUUGAUGAUGUGUUCCUAGAUAUUCAAAAAGUGAGGUAGUAUUUCCAGUUCUAUGGAAAAAUAAGUUUAGAUUAAAGCAGAAUGUUCCUUAUUGUUGGUUAAUCAAGUAUUUAUACAUAUUUUAAAUUAGAAACACAGAAGAAAUACUUAUUGUUGAUGUGUCUAGAUCUAUAUUAUAACUCUAUAAAAGAGUAAAAGAUUAAGUAAAACUAAAAACUUAGAUUAUAAAUUUAAUACUCAGAAAGAAUAGGGAAUAAUUGGUCAAUUCUAGAUUAAUUGAGUAAAGAUUUACACAUAGAUAAUGACAACAUGAAUUCAAGUUUAUAAUAACUUGACUUAAUCAUUUAACAUAUUAAAUUUUAUUUGUAUGGCAAGAACCAGCAAGCUAAGACUUUAGGAAAAGAAAAAAUAAGAUAAUUAAUAAUAACUUACAGCAUAAUUUUUAAAGAAUAGACAUACACAUAAUAAUUCAUCAUAACUACUAUUCCUGUGGUUCCAAGGUGUUAAUUCCCAAAAUUUUUAAGAAAAAUCUUCAAUCAUUCACCAUCUUUAUAGUUUAAGUAUUAUUGCUUAUUAACUAUUAAUCCAAUUUUAUUACAUUACAAUUAGACUGUAGAUAUUAUGUAUUUGGCUAAAAUGGUGUAUGCAUAAAAUUAUUAAGAGGAUCUCAAUAGAUAAAUGAAAAUAGAUGACGAAAGUGUUAAAUAGGUUAGAUAAGCAAAUGGGUAGGUUAUAAUUAAGAAUUAAGAAAUUGAUAUUUUAAAGAAACAAAUUGAGCAUUUCAAAAAACAGUAUAAUGACAUACUACAAAAACAAGAAAAUAAAUCAUAAUUAUAUUAAUAAAUAUAAUUCCAAAUUUAGAAUGUUAUUGUAGAUAUCAAAUUAAAAAUGAGUCAAUCAAAAAUUAAUAAGAAUAAUAAUAAAAUACUUUGUCCAGAGGCUUAAUUUUAUGAUAAAUUAAUUUCCUAAUUAGAAAAUCUAACAAGAAAACUUUCUCCAAUUCAAUAGGUUUUAAAUACUGAUAGAUCAAUAAGUCCCUCAAUGUAGAAUUAUUGA